GUAGACUUAAAUUUAGAAGAACUGUAUCUCACAAAUUCGUAAGAUUUUCAAACAAGAAGCAGAAGAAUCCAGAAGGCACAGAAGGCAAAGCAAUCUACAAGCAUGAAAGAAGAUUACGAGAUUGAAGAGAAAAAGCAAGCUGCUGCUGAUGUACUAUUUCAAUAUUCAAAAUUUGCAAUGGCAUGCAUUGGAAACCAAGUUCGUCCUUGUGACCUGAGGCUGCAUUUGAUGAAGGAAAUAUCAGGGCUGCCAACUUCUCUGAAGAGAGCUUCAUCCCAAGCUGCUGCUUCUCCUGAUGCAAUGGGCGAGUCAUCAAGCUCAGGUACAGCAAGGCUUGAUAAAAAAGCUGAUAAAGCUGAUAAAGGAGGCGACUGAGCGUGGUUUCGAUAUAACUUUAAGUGGCAUUAAGAAUGCUUGAUGUUCUGGAUGUUUCUCGCAUUGCAGCGGCUACACGCCCCUUUCAAUUUCAACUUCCAUGUAAACAGUCUACUUCUUGCUGUAGUAGAUGCUUUGUGCAAUUUAGUGCAAUUUAGGAUGUUCUAAAGAUGUUAUUGGGAAUUGUUUAGUUUGUUUGAUAUGGGUAUUUUGCAUCGUGACUUGCUUAUUUAUUAGUUCAAAUUUACAAAAUCCUUCCAUUU